AUUAUUCCCAUUCUUCAACAAUUCUCAAUUCUGUUCAUUUGGGCUUGCACGGCCGACAUUUCACCAAGUCUUUAUUCUCUAAGCGAUGCGACCACAUUAUCUCGUCAAUUUCCUUUUUGCGGGCGUACGCGCCGUCAUCUACGAGGAGCCUUUCCCAAGAUGCGAGGCUUGUCUCCCCACCAACGUUCAUAAUGCACCUGGGAUCGGAUUCGGGCUCUCAUUUUCCUCUGGAACUUCUGCCGCACAUCUCUACAAUGGCACCAUUGCGGAUGUCGCUCUCGUUGCCGCGUCGCCAGACUACGUUGCGCUCAUGACCCGCCUUGUCACCUCGCCGAAGCCCUCAUCACUGAGCAAAUGGAACAAAUGGCACCGCUCUAUCAAUAAGAAGCUCGGAUGGCCGGCAACGCGGGAAGUCGGAAUACUAGCCGGCAUGUUGGCCUCCCUCCGCGAUGCUACUACCAUCGCCCUCGCCAGCCCGCUUGACCGGGUCGCCGUGACGCACCCGCCCAUCCCCGGCCUCGCAGAGUACGACCUUUCUGACGCACUCGAGCACAUCGGUUUACGGCCCUGGCUUGCCUCUAACCUCCCCCGGCCGAAGAUCGGUUGGCCUCCGUUGCCCGAAGCAGGGCUGUACCCAGAGGGACUGACAGAGGGUCGCGCCGUCUUUGCAGCCCAUGGACAGGGGCUUUGCGAGAAAUACCAAAAUCUAUGGGAUUGUAUGGAGGAGGAGGACCGGAUGGAACUGCAGGCGCUCAUGGUCGUAGGUUUUACGAAAGGGGACCUACGGGCCGAGGUGUUAAGGCUUCGCGCCCCAUUCGGUUGGAACCAAGGGGUUGAGGAGAGGCUCGUGGACUUGUCAGCUGGGCUGGAUGCGAUGGAUAAUUUUGAGUCGCAUACAGCGUACUGGGCAUACGUUCGCAGUCAGCUCCAGACACUGCUGAUGAAGCUCCCAAUAAGGCUUACGAUGGUCCUGCUCACGGGAGAAAAGGCGACGCAUACCGGCUUCCUCAUCGCUCUCCGGGAGGCUCUGAUGGAAAGCGAGUAUGUUCUGGGUGACAACGAAGGACAAGUGUUAGUUAUUGGCGACGAGGGUGGUGUGAUUGACCCUGUGUUUGCGAGCGCCAGGGGUGCAGCGCAGUAUGCGAGGCGGAGGCAAGAGGCGCCGAUUGGGUGCGAGGAGCCGCGGGACUGUAAAGGUCAGCGAGCCAAGGAAGCCAGUCGCUCCGAGGAUGAGAGACUAGAGUUAUAAUUGGUACGUGUAUUCUAAUUAUGGAGAUUUCAAUCGUUGUCCGGGGUAUGUCGGCUCUGUUUGAGGAGGUUUUAAGUGGUGCCUGUCAGCCUCGUAUUCCCAACAGGCCAACAUGCCACUGAACCACCACGGCUCAAGCAACACCAUGCCUAACAGCCUCUUUCGGGCCUAGUUGCGAAGGGCAAUUGGAAAAUAGAUACGUCGUAUUUCCUGAAAUUCGCGGGAUAGGACACGUCGAC